AGCAACCGCCAAACGGAGCUGAGUGGCUGGGCCUCCGGCCCUCCCUGCACCCGCGGACGCUCCUUUCAGUCUUGGAGUCUCUUCGCCGAGGUGGCUGUGGAUCUGGUGCGGGAGUUGCCGCCGCCGUCCAAGUCCCCGCUGCCACCCAGCGCAUCCGCUCGCAGGAGCGCCGGCGGCCAGCGGCGCGCUCUGCAGCAUGUCGCUGAAUGCCUGGGAGUGGGAAGAGGACCCCGCAAGCAUAGAGCCCAUCUCCUCCAUCACCAGCUUUUACCAGUCCACGAGUGAGUGUGACGUGGAGGAACACCUCAAGGCCAAGGCCAGGGCCCAGGAGUCUGACUCUGACCGCCAGUGCAGCAGCACUGAGUCCUCAUCUGAGCCUGCCAGCACCUUCAGCUCCGACGUGCCCCACGUAGUCCCCUGCACAUUCACCAUCUCACUGGCCUUCCCUGUGGAUACGGGUCAUAAGGGGAAAUAUGCAAGUUUGAUUGAAAAAUAUAAGAAGCACCCUAAAACAGACAGUUCUGUUUCAAAGUUACGUCGUUUUUACCACAUCGAGUAUUUCCUUCUGCCGGAUGAUGGAGAACCUAAAAAAGUUGACAUAUUGCUAUUUCCAAUGGUGGCCAAAGUGUUCCUGGAGUCAGGAGUAAAGACUGUGAAGCCGUGGCACGAAGGUGACAAAGCCUGGGUGUCGUGGGAGCAGACUUUUAAUAUCAAUGUGACAAAGGAAUUAUUAAAGAAAAUAAAUUUCCACAAAAUCACCUUGAGGCUCUGGAACUCUAAAGACAAGAUGUCAAGAAAAGUCAGAUAUUACCGAUUAAAGACUGCCGGCUUCACAGACGACGUGGGAGCUUUCCAUAAGUCAGGUGCUCUGGUUUUAUUUGAAAUGGUUCUGGAAGCCUGGGGCUUACUCAGUAGUAAUAGCAUAAAAGCCAGUGUUGACAGGAGUGGUCCACCUGGCAUGUAACAAAAAGCUUAGAAAUAUUUGCUACUGUUUUCAGAUUCUCACCAAGCAGAGCCCGAAAAUUCUUCCAAGAACAGUGAGGAAUAUGAGAAGUCCCCCAAAACGGAUGAUUCUUCCACGGUUCAAUGGAGUGUUUCAAGAACACCAACCAUUUCUUUGGCAGGAGCAAGCAUGAUGGAGAUCAAGGAAUUAAUUGAGAGUGAAUCACUUAGCAGCUUAACAAACAUAUUAGACAGACAAAGGUCUCAAAUUAAAGGAAAAGAUUCAGAGGGAAGAAAGAAAAUCCAGAGGAGACAUAAGAAGCCCCCUGCAGAAGAAGAGGCAGACCCCACGCUGACAGGCCUAAGGAAGCAGGGCACUUUCUCCAUCCAACUGGCCGUCAUGCCGCUCCUUGCCGGUACCCACUCCUUGCCCUGUUCCCAGCAGCUCCAGCUUGCCAGAAUGGCCAUAAGCGGAUGCUCCUAAUGACAACCCUGCUGUGUGCCACCUCAUUUCAUCCUCACAGCCACCUCAGGAAACUCAGGGGAAUUGGCUCCAUAGUACAGGGGGAAACAAAGACCCAGAGAGGGUAGCUACAUUGCCUGAGAUCACACAGCUAGGAAAUGUGAAGUCUGGACCUGAACCCAGCUCUAUUUGAUUCCAAACUCCAAGGAAGCCUAUGGGAAUAUUAAAUGUCAUCACUGUGUUUGCUAAGAAGAUGCUGCUUUUAACAAAUGCUUUCCU